AUGCAUCCAGGCAAAUGUUUAUUCAACCCACGUUGGCUGAAACAGGCUGAGUACGCCAGAUGGCUGGAGUCGGACCCAGGAAACAAAUUAAGCGCCAAAUGCAAGAUCUGCGUUAAAUCGAUUGACGUAUCAAACAUGGGAGAACCAGCAUUGCGCAGUCAUGCCAAGGGACAGAAACACCAACAACGUCUCGAGGAAUUAUCUUCUGGAUUUGUCAUUAGAGACUUUUUUCAACCUAAACGCACAACUGCCACAAUAACAGCACAGUCAUGUGAAGAUCUCCCUACGACCUCUGCAGCCUCAAGUACCGGUAGACCAACUUCGACUUCCGUGCCUAGUUUUGUAACAAAGUCGGAAUGUUUGCACGCGGAAAUAUUGUGGACACUAAAAGUGAUCGCAUCUCAUUACUCCUUCAAAUCCUGUGCAGAUACCCAGCACCUGUUUGCAGAAAUGUUCCCAGACUCUGAUAUAGCCAAACAGUUUGCUUGUGGCGAGAGGAAAUGUGCGUAUUUAUGUACAUUCGGAAUCGCGCCAUACCUGAAACACAGACUGUCAAAAAAAAUCUCAGACGCAGACGGUUACGUCCUCCUCUUCGACGAAAGUUUAAACAAGGUGACUAGAAAUAAGCAAAUGGACAUACACGCCAGGAUUUGGGAUGAAGGACUGGUUGGCACCCAUUACUUCACCUCUCUAUUCAUGGGACAUGCCACAGCUGAGGACAUGAUCGAACACUUUGAAACUGGCACGGACGGGCUCAAUAUGAGAAGACUUCUACAGCUGUCCAUGGAUGGACCUUCCGUCAACUGGAAAUUUCAUCGCAUGUUCCAAACCAAGAUCUCUUCCACUUAUGACCACUUUCUUCUGAAUGUUGGGAGCUGUGGGCUUCAUAUCGUACAUGGAGCAUUUAAGGAUGGUGCAAGUGCAUCUGGUUGGCAGAUUCAGGAUGUGUUGAGAGGCCUUUACACGUUAUUCAAGGACACGCCUGCACGAAGGGAAGAUUUCAUUAAAUGUACAGAAUCAACCACUUUCCCAAUGAAAUUUUGCCCCCACAGAUGGGUGGAGAAUGUUCCUGUGGUUGAACGAGCACUCUCCAUAUGGCUUAACAUUCAGAAGUAUGUGAAACAGGUUAAUAAAGGACAUUGUGACAACCCAAAGACAGUUUCAUACAAGACUGUAUCAGAUGCAACCAAAGACAAGAUUAUUGUUGUAAAACUUUUGUCAUUUUUGUCUAUUGCCAAAACUAUUCAGCCAUUUUUGACACAAUACCAAACUGACAAACCAAUGCUACCAUUCCUGGCUGAGGAUUUGUUUCAUCUGAUACGAUCUUUAAUGAAAAGGUUCCUCAAAGAAGAUGUGGACAUAAGCACGGUAAACAAACUUGUUAAGGUCAAUCUUGAAGACAGAGAUCUUCACAAGAGCUACACUGAUGUUGAUCUCGGGUUUGCGGCAGAAAAGGAGCUCAAGAAAAUCAAGAGCUCUUCAUCUGGGCCUAAAGUUAGUGACAGAGAGAUCCUUGAGCUACGCAUGCAAUGCAAAGGGUUUCUUAUCAAACUUGUUAGCAAGCUCCUUGAAAAAUCUCCUCUUAAAUACCCCCUUACUUUGCAAAUUUCUUGUUUGGACCCAAGACAAAUGGCAACAAACAAAACCGUGUGCAUCACUAACAUGAAAAAACUGUUGGCCACAUUACUGGACGCCAACCAAAUGCGUGGAGGAGCAUCUGCAUGCGACACUGUACUCCUACAGUUUGAAGAAUUUCUGGAAACAACUGUUAUUGGUAACAUGUCAACAUUUUCCAACUUUGACCCACAUAAACCUGAGAGUAGACUAGAUGCCCUGAUGUUUGAAUCUGUUGCCCUAAAUCAGCGAAUGGCACCUUUGUGGAAUGUUAUGAAAAACCUUCUUCUCCUGUCGCAUGGACAAGCGACGAUCGAAAGAGGCUUCUCAGUGAACCGACAGAUUGAAACAGAAAACAUGAUUGAACAAACUGUUGUAUCUGAACGACUUGUGUGUGAUCACCUCAAGGGAAUCGGCGGAUUGAAAAACAUUGAAGUAACAAAGGAAAUGUUGACGUACUGUUCUUCUGCUAGACAGAAGUAUUCCUUGUACUUAGAUUCCAAGAGGGAAGAGAAACUUAAUGCAGAAAAACUUGCCAAAAGAAAGCAUGUUCUGGACACAAUAGAUGAACUGAAAACAAAGCGUAAGCGCAUUGAAAGAGACAUUGAAUCCUUGACACAAUCUGCAGAUAAAUUUGCAGAAAAAGCAGAAGAGACAGGGCAGUUGGACUUUGUUACAAAGUCCAACAGUUUGCGAAGAACAGCGAAGCAGAAGAAACAAGAACUUGCCACCAUUGCUUCUACCUUGGAUGAGAGACUGCAAGAGUUAAAAAAGUGA